CCCCGCUCGGCUCCUUGGGCUCGGUCCAGCCGGUCCGUCCCGCUCCGCCGGCAAACAACCUGCUCCUUCUGGGUCUCCCCCCUCGGAUGCGCCGCUGCCGCCGAGCCCCGGCCUAACCCCGCGCCGAGUCCCCGCGUCCCCAGCCUCCCGCAGGUGCCCCGUUUGGGGUCCCCCCCGCCCUAAGCGACCAUGCCAGCUCCGCAGGGACCCCAGGACGUGCGGGACCUCACCUUCAGCCCGUGGGAUUACGGAGUCUUCGCGCUGAUGCUGCUCAUCUCCACGGGCAUCGGGCUCUUCCACGGGCUGGCCAAGGGCGGCCAGAAAACCUCGGAGGAUUUUUUCACGGGCGGCCGGCGGAUGACGGCGCUGCCCGUGGGGCUGUCGCUGUCCGCCAGCUUCAUGUCGGCCAUCCAGGUGCUGGGGGUGCCGGCCGAGGCGUUCCGCUACGGAGCCAAAUUCCUCUGGAUGUGCCUGGCGCAGCUCAUCAACAGCGCGCUCACCGCGCAGCUCUUCCUGCCCGUCUUCUACCGCCUGGGGCUCACCAGCACCUACGAGUACCUGGAGCGGCGCUUCAGCCGGAGCGUGCGGCUCUGCGGGACCGUGCAGUACGUGGUGGCCACGAUGCUCUACACCGGCAUCGUCAUCUACGCGCCCGCCCUGAUCCUAAACCAAGUGACCGGGCUGGACAUCUGGGCCUCGCUGCUGUCCACGGGGGUCAUCUGCACCUUCUACACCACCAUAGGCGGGAUGAAGGCUGUCAUCUGGACCGACGUGUUCCAGGUGCUUGUGAUGCUCGCGGGUUUUGUCGCCAUCGCCGUCCGCGGGGCGCUGCUGGUGGGGGGUCCCGCCGCGGUGCUGAGCAUCGCCGCCAACGGCUCCAGGCUCAACUUCGCCGACUUCAGCCCGGACCCGCGGAGCCGCUACACGGUGUGGACGUUCGUGCUGGGCGGGACGCUGCUCUGGCUCUCCAUGUACGGCGUCAACCAGGCGCAGGUGCAGCGCUACGUGGCCUGCAGGAGCGAGAGGGAGGCCAAGAUGGCGCUGCUGGUCAAUCAGGCGGGGCUGUUCUGCAUCGUGGCCAGCGCCGUGGCCUGCGGGCUCGUCAUGUUCGCGCUCUAUCGCCACUGUGACCCGCUGCUGGCCGGAGCCAUCGCCGCCCCCGACCAGUACAUGCCCUACCUGGUCCUGGACAUCUUCGGGAGCACGCCGGGGGUGCCGGGGCUGUUCCUGGCCUGCGCCUACAGCGGCACGCUCAGCACGGCCUCCACCUCCAUCAACGCCAUGGCCGCCGUCACCGUGGAGGACCUGGUGAGGCCGCGGCUGCCGGCGCUGUCCCCGAGGAAGCUGACGCUCAUCUCCAAGGGGCUCUCUCUCACCUUCGGCACCUCGUGCAUCACCGUGGCCGCUCUGUCCUCGCUGCUGGGGGGGGGGGUCCUGCAGGGCUCCUUCAUGGUGAUGGGGGUGAUCAGCGGGCCCCUGCUGGGCGCCUUCGUGCUGGGGAUGUUCCUGCCCCGCUGCGGCACCGCCGGGGUCCUGGGGGGCCUGGCCGCGGGCCUGGCGCUGUCCCUGUGGGUGGCCGUGGGUGCCACCCUGUACCCGCCCAGCGCGGCCACCAUGGGGGUGCUGCCCACCUGGGGGACGCUGUGCCCGCCCCGCAACGCCACCAGCGCCACCAGCGCCACCAGCGCCACCAGCGCCACCGGCGGCCCCGCCCUGCCCGCGCCACCCCCGGAGCCGCUGCGCCCGGCCAUCCUGGGUGACUUCUACUCCGUGUCCUACCUGUACUACGGCGCCUUGGGGACACUGGGGACCGUGGGGACAGGGGCCCUGCUCAGCCUGCUGCCAGGGCCAGCCCGCUGUCCCCAGGGCGUGCUGUGGUGGGACAUCGUCAGGGCCGCGCCCUCGGGUGUCCCCAGGGGUGACGUUGUCCCCAAGGGUGACGGCGCCCCCGGGGACGAGCGCCAGGACAAGGCCGCGGUGACCCGGCUGCUGCUGGAGAGGCCGGGCGGGGAGGGGACAGCCCCGUGUGACCCCCCCAGGGGUGGCACUGUCACCGAGAGCGACGUGUAGGGGACGGCGCGGUGGGGACACGGGGACGGCCCCAAUAAAGGAGCUGCUGGUCCUGGA